UUAAUAUUCAAAAUGUUAAAACAAUAUUUAUUGAAUAAUAUUAAUCUAUUUAUAAUAAAAAUAUGUUUAGUAAUCAUUAGUAUAUUAGUUAAAUAUGACUGUUUUGGACAACAAAACAACAAAAGAUAUGUUAGUACAACAUCGGGUAUCGUUGAGGGACAUGAGUUAGAGGGACUGGAUGUCAACGAAUAUCUCGGCAUACCGUAUGCCGAACCACCAGUCGGUGAUCUCAGGUUUGCCCGACCGGUGCCGCUAUCGAUCAGGAAAAAUGUAACCAUAGGUCUAAAAGAUCGUAGUGAAGGUGUUUGGUGUAUACAAAAUGCCAGUCCAUUAUUUAAGGCCGAAUUAGGCCCUAUUCCCGAAUCAGAAGAUUGUCUACAUUUGAACAUAUGGUCACCGAAACAGUUUCAUCUAUACGAUGGUCGUCCGUAUAAUAAACUAAAAUCAGUAAUAGUUGUGUUUCAUUCGGGCGGUUUCAGUACCGGAUCGGCCUACAUGGAAACGGCCAACGGUAGCCAAAUGGCAACCCGUGACGUAAUAGUAGUAUCGCCUAACUAUCGGCUCGGACCGCUUGGUUUCUAUAUGCUAGACCCUGGCGACGACUCGGCACCGGGCAACGUAGCCUUUUAUGACCAGCUAUUAGCACUUAGAUGGAUUCAAGAUAACAUACGUUCCUUUGGAGGCGAUCCUAAUUUGGUAACAAUUUUUGGCGAAAGUGCCGGCAGUCUAUCGGUUUCAGCCCAUAUCAUAUCACCAGUUUCGAGAGGUCUGUUCAAACGGGCCAUUAUGAGCAGCGGUGCACUAAUUUAUAGUAAAAUAUCGCCGACACUCAACACCAGCCAAGCAUUGGUAAUGGCACGCAAAAUGGCCACAAAAAACGGUUGUCCCGAAAACGGAUCGAUAGUACAGUGUUUGCGCAAAAUAAACGACACAAACAAACUGUUGAACAUUCCGGACAAACUGUUUGACUAUUCGUUUACCAGACCUGUCGAGGGAACCGAGUUUAUACCGCAUCUGACUAAUCAAGCGUUUAAAUAUUCACUAUUUAAUCCUGAUAUAGAUGUAUUGGCCGGCACAGUGGAUGAUGAGGGACCUGCUAUGGCAUUGAUAAUGUUUCCAGAGAUCACCGAAAAAAAUAUGACACUUGACUUAUAUAAUCAAUUGUUGGUCAAAUUGAAAGCUAAAUAUCAUAUUAAAGAUAUGGAAAGCAUUAGCAAACACUAUAUGAUUGGCAUCGAUAGCGAUGAUCCAAAACAAUUGCAACGCGGGUUUGUCAACCUGUUGGGCGAUAUGAUGAUUACAUGUCCGACCUAUACGUUUGCCAAACAAUUGGCCAUUAAUGGCGAAAAUGUAUUUUACUUUUUGUUUAAAUAUGAAAACUACAAAAAUAGUUAUGUCAAUAUGAGUAAUUCAUUUGGUAUUGGAAAAAGGGGUGCCCAACAUGGCAGUGAUGGCGACUUUUUUAUUGGUAAACCAUUGAUAGACAAACAGUUAUAUAAUAAUGAAGAGGAAUAUUUUAGCCGAAAACUCUUGUACUUAUUAACAGCUUUUGUUAAAUAUGGCCGUCCAAAUAACAAUUGGCCCAGGUUAAUGUUACCGAUAAAUUUGAAUAAUGAUAUUCAAAUAAAAUUGCUUAAUAUAAACGAUACGGUAACUAUUUUAAAAAGUCCAUAUAAUGAAACAUGUGAAAAUGUUUGGAAAGAUUAUUAUAUGUAA